AGGUAGAGAGGCCGCGGAGAUCCGGGAGGAUGGAGCCGGGGAGAGCGACAGCGACAGCGGCCCCGACGCUGAGUAUGGUCCCCGCCCGCAGCCCGAGCCCCAAAGGCCGGAGCCAGCACCUUCAGGAAGCCGCUGGAGAGCGUCUGAGAGCGGCAGCCUCAGUUGAAUCUCGGGCUCGGUGGGCAGUACACUGACCCAGUCUACAGCUUCCCCCUUUGGGACUCCCCACAUUGUGUCUGUACAAACUGCUGGGGAUUGAGAGAGAGAUGGUGCGUAGCAGCAGCCUCCUUUACCCACUGUCCAGUGAGGGGUCAGCCCUGCAGAGAAAGACCACCAUUCCUGAGGACCCCCUACCCCUGAGGAUGGAAGCCUUGCCAGUUCACCUGGUCAUUCUCCCUGCAGCCACUGCCCAGGUGGCUGGGGGAGGUCAGAGGGACUCAGUGCCCACUUGUACCAAUCCACAUGUCCAGUCAAUUAUUGUACCGAUGGAGCCAACUGGGCAAUCGAUGGAGGACGAUGAUUGGCUCAGUGACUCCGAGGAUGAUGCUGUGUCCAGUGAGUGGUCUGUCGAUGGUGAAGAUGAUUGUUCUGAUUACAAACAAAGUGACGAAAGUGAAGCUGAUGAGCUUUGGAACUCCUUUUUUGACCCUGAUCCUUACAAUCCCAUGAAUUUUUCAGCCCUGACCUGGCAGCAGAGCAGAGGAACUAAUAAACAGAAUUAUAAUGACUCAAAGCCCUGUGAUGCUCAAGAGGCUGAGAAUAAUACUGACUCAUUUGAUCAAAAUACUGAUCUCUCUAAGUCACGGAGUGUCUCUGUCUAUCUGGCCACACAUCAAUCCACUGAUAGCAGAGAGAACAGAGACCAAAGUACUGAGCUACCAGAGGAGGCGAAUGUACCUGGUCCUGGUUCAAAACCACUCCCACUCAACAAUGAAGACUGUUCCAUCCCAAGUGUGAAACCAAAAACAUCCAAAUCAGAUGGAAAAACUGUCAAAAAGGUUCGAUUCUCUCCUGUGGUAACAGUACAUCCAAUGAUUACAUGGGAUUUUGCCUAUCGAGCUGCUCGAAAGGGUCCUUGGGAACAGUACGCACGGGACCGCAGUAGAUUCCAGCGUAGGAUUGCUGAAGCAGAAGCUGUGAUCAGCCCCUGUUUCAAUCCGGGUCACAGGAACGGUGUGUGGAAUAAGCUAGCUGGAGUUUAAACAAUCCUGCACUAUACAGGAAGGAAGUACCAGAGUUAAUAUAUCCUCCUUGUGUUGGAACUGUGCACUGAGAUACCAGUCAAUGGAAAUGUGACUUUAUUAAGGCUCUAAGUUAAUUAUUUAUAACUUAUAAAAACACUGCCAAUGCAAAAUAAUUCUCUCACUAUGGCUUUUUGUAUAGUCAGCAGUUUUGUGUUCACCUGUACUUACAAAUGUCUGUCACUGGAUAAAGAUUAAAUGUUUUUAAUAAAUGUUCUUGUACUUAACUGA